CCUUGUCUGUGCUCUGCUGACGACUGCUUUGUCCUUGCGGCCGAAUCGCUGGCCCGCAGAUUGCUUGCCCGGGUAUCAGUGCAUGACUGCCCCGAGCGGCAACGGCUUCUGCACACCAGUGGCUGGACUGGGCCUGCAGCCCCAGGCUCCUGCUGCAAGCCCGGUCAUCGAUCCCCAGAAGGCCAUAAUGAUUGCUGCCCUGGUCUGUCUGCUGCUGUGGGCCAUCAUCAUGGGCCUGACCAGCUACUUUCACUGGAAACGAAUCAAGCAGCUCCAGGCCCAGCAAGAGAGCCUGUCCAUGUACGAUAUCGACAGCGAGAGCAUGGUGUCCCGGGUCUCGACCCUGCCAGAGUACAAAGCUCACUUGGACGAAGCCGAGGGCGGUGUUGCUGUUGCUGUUGCUGUUGCUGCUGCCGGUGCCGGUGCCGAUAUCCCAGACUAUCAGUCGCCAACACACCCAGCCAGCAACUCCCACAGCGACCCGAGCCUUCUCGGUGCUCCUUCCAAUGCAGACACAGCCCACAGCGGUGGCCGAAGUGAAUCCAGCCAGGGUCGUCCUGCGUCGGCUCGCCCGCCCAGCUAUCGCUCGACUGAGUGAUCGGCAAUACCAAGACCAAGACCAAGACCAAGACCAUGUUCAGAUCCAGCAGCCCUUCGAGCUUGGAAAGAAUACACGCAUCUAUAUCGC